AUGAUUAGAUUUAUAAGAGGGUUUUCUGGGACUUCCUGUUCGCCAGCAGCCAAGGAUCUUUCUAAGGCAAUAGAAAAGUCCGGUUCUAUACAUCAUUUACAUGGUACACCAACAAUUUACAACAAGACCUCAUCAGCUUCGAACUAUAAGGGCUAUAUGAAGGCUAAAAUUCCACCUGGCACAUACUUCACACCUGCGCCAUCAUCAUCAACUGGCUCAAAUAAUAGUGAAACAAUCCCGAAGAGUUUUCUUCCCAAGAACGACAUAAGAAGGCAGUUUGUGGAUAGAUUAAGAUCUAAGGAUGCUUCUAUAUCGAAGAAUGCUCCACCGUUGCAAGUAAAGGGUGAGAAAAGUUAUCAUUUGUCACCUCAGGAGAUCAGGGAAAUUAUUAGAUUGCGGAAUGAAGAUCCAGACAAAUACACUAGGAAAGUUCUAGCCAAGAAAUUUAAUGUUAGCCCGUUGUUCAUUUCAAUAGUAUCAGAUGCACCUGCAGAAAGGAAGGCCGAAAUGGACAAAAGGCUAGCAAGCAUAAAGUUGAAGUGGCAUCCAGGCAGAAAGGUAGCUAGAGAAGACAGAAAAAAGAGAAAAGAACUUUGGUAUAGGGCCUAG